AUGAGUCCACUGCGUUGCCUGUUUCUUUACGCACUGCUUGCAGCUGCAUUGUUGGUGUCAGCCCAACAGAACCGCUUGCUAACACAAAUUGAGCAACUAGGACUUGUCAAUGUAAUUGAGCAAACCAUUAGACCUAAUGUGCCUAAACAAGGGGCGAACUAUGACUUCAUAAUUGUGGGCGCUGGUGCCGCCGGAUGUACUUUAGCCGCGCGGCUCUCUGAGAAUCCCAAAUGGCGUGUUGCAUUAAUUGAGGCAGGCGGUGUUGAGAACAUUGCCCACCAUACGCCGGUGCUGACGGGUCAGCUGCUACAGACUGCCUCGAACUGGGGCUACCGCACGGUCCCACAACGCCUGGCCUGCCGCGGCAUGCACAACAAUGAAUGUUCUGUGCCACGCGGCAAGGGACUUGGCGGAACGAGCUCCAUCAGCAACAUGAUCUAUAAUCGCGGCAAUCGACGCGACUUCGAUGGCUGGGCCGCUGCCGGCAACGAGGGCUGGAGCUAUGCCGACGUACUCCCCCUUUUCCUGCGCACCGAAAACGCCCAGUUGAAAGGUCUGGAGCACUCGCCCUACCACAAUCACAGUGGCCCGCUUAGUGUGGAGUAUGUACGUUAUCGCAGUGACCUAGCACGUGCCUUUGUGGAUGCCUCGGCUCAAGCAGGUCACCAGCGAACGGACUACAAUGGGGAAUCGCAACUGGGGGUCUCCUACGUGCAGGCUACAACGCGCAAUGGAAGACGACACAGUGCUUUCAGUGCUUACAUUCGACCCGUGCGUGAUAAUCGUUCAAACCUGGACAUAUUUGCCUUCUCACGCGUCACACGCGUGCUUAUUGAUGAAACCACCAAGGCGGCUUACGGCAUUGAGUUCAAUUAUAUGCGCAAAUCCUACACAUUCAAGGCCCACAAAGAGGUCAUCCUCUCGGCGGGUGCGUUCAAUUCCCCCCAACUGCUUAUGCUAUCGGGCGUGGGACCAGAGGAUAAUCUAAAGGCUAUUGGCGUACCACUAAUUCAGCCGCUUCCUGUGGGUCGCCGCCUCUACGAUCACAUGUGCCACUUUGGACCCACCUUUGUGACAAAUACAACGGGUCAGACGCUAUAUCCCUCGCGAAUAUCUGUGGCAGACAUCAUCUCUUUUUAUCUGGCCGGCAAUCCUGGCACUUGGCUCUCCUCUAUUGGAGGCGUGGAAGCACUUGCGUUCCUCAAAUCUCCACGCUCUAAGCUGCCGGCGGACUGGCCUGACAUAGAACUUGUCAUGGUGGCUGGUAGUCUGGCCUCUGAUGAGGGCACAGCGCUUAAGCUAGGCGCCAACAUCAGGGAUGAUAUCUAUGAUGCCCUUUACCGACCGCUCCAGCUAUCACAGCAAGAUCACUUUACGCUACUCGUCAUGCAGUUCCACCCUAAGUCCAUAGGUCGCCUGUGGCUACGCGACCGUAAUCCAUUGCACUGGCCCAAAAUCGAUCCCAAGUAUUUUAUAGAGCCCGAGGAUGUGGAGUUCAUCCUUGAUGGUAUAAAGGAAUCUAUUCGCAUCAGCAGAAUGCCCGCCUUGCAAGCAAUUGGUGCUCGUCUCUUAGACCGACGUGUGCCUGGCUGCGACGAGCAUGAGUUCGCCUCCGAUGACUACUGGCGCUGCUCCAUUCGCACCCUGUCCUAUACGCUACACCACCAGGUAGCCACCUGCCGUAUGGGCCCUGAAGGAGACCCCACAGCUGUGGUCAGCCCACAGUUGCGAGUGCAUGGCAUGCGGAAGCUGCGCGUUGUGGACACCAGCAUCAUUCCACUGCCACCUACGGCACACACAAACGCGGCCGCCUAUAUGAUUGGUGAAAAGGGGUCCGAUCUGAUUCGAGCCGAUUGGAGUGGGAAAUAA